CACCUUAAAUGUCAGAAAUAUAUCUGUAUAUCUCGUAAUACCACGCGCACACGAUAUAUUUAAAACUGAUAACACUUUUUGUUGAUAUUGUAAAACUAAUUUGACGUUGAAUUUCUCUGCUAUCCAUUAAUUUGUUUUCCCCUCCCCGCCAUGAUGUUUUCUAAGUGAACGGCGGAGCUAGCCGAGCAGCUAGUUGAGCCGUCAGGUUGUUGUGGUAGGGAGGUGCAGUGGAUGGAUGCUUUACGCCGCUACGCCUCGCAGAUUUGUCUUAGUUUAAACAGAAUGCGUGCUCGCCAACACAAUUAUAUAUUGGUCCAUAUACCCCGCCCUGUUGCGGCGAAGUCAUAAUUCGUAACGUUAAUAAAUGCUCCAAGAGUAGCGGCGUCCGUAACAGUUUGAAGAUUAACGUUAGCUGGGGCUGUGGAAGCGGCUACACCGCUAGCUCCUUCUUGCUGUCUACCGUCGCAGUCUUGUGCCUCCUGCCUCAGGAAUGUUUUCCAAAAAGCCUCAUGGGGACGUUAAAAAAUCAACACAGAAAGUGUUGGACCCAAAGAAGGACGUGCUGACGAGGCUCAAACAUCUUAGAAUUGUCAUAGAAAAUGCGGAACCAUCCGAGCUGAAACAGUUAUUUGACCUGCACUACUCCCAUAUCUACUAUGUCUUCUUUGAAAACUUUGUCACCAUUGAGGCCAGCCUCAAGCAAAAAGGUCAUAAAUCGCAGAGGGAGGAGCUGGACUCAAUCCUCUUCAUCUUUGAGAAAAUCCUCCAGCUCUUGCCAGAGAGAAUCCAGAGCAGGUGGCAGUUCCACAGCAUCGGGCUGAUUCUUAAGAAGCUGUUACACACGGGGAACUCUUUAAAGAUCCGCCGUGAAGGCGUGCGCUUGUUCCUGUUGUGGAUGCAGGCGUUACAGAAUUAUGCAGAGCGGGAGCAGCUCUGUAUGUUUGCCUGUUUGAUUCCCGGCUUCCCGGCUCCGCUCUGCCACGGAUCACCACGCACCCUGGACACUCUGAUCAACCCGCCGCUGACUUUGACAGAGAUUCAGGUGACCCCGGAAGAGAUCACUCCACUGGUUCCUCCUCAGUCAGGUGACAAGAACCAGGAAGACCUUACUGCCUACUUCCUAGAAGCCCUACUGAAAUACAUGGUAAACCAGGCCAAGUCUCUAGAGUGGCGUUGUAAAGACAACCAUGAACGGGGCUUCAGCUUCCUCUUUGGUCACUUCAGGAAGUUUUACCUUCCUCACAUCUUUCCCAACUUUGCCAUGGAAACCAGCCUCUACAACCCCAUACUGGACGUGCCUCCGAUGCGUCCUAAGCCGUACUACAGUGUGGUUCGUAGAGAGCCGGACAGUGGGGAGACACUGUACUGCACCAGGGAGAGCUUCCUUCAGGCCCGUGUCAUCUUCAUACGCUGGCUGGUUUCCUUCUGGCUGGAGCCACGACCCAACACACAAACACAUAUCCCAGGAACAGAGGGAGAAAUUGUCCCCAAGAACAUACAGCGAGCAGCAGCUGGCCUGGCAGCUCGUUCUGUAGGCAGCUCAGACGACAGUGUUGGAGGUAGCAGUCACUUGGAAGGUAGCAGUGGUCCCUCCGGGCCAGGUGGAGGCAGCAUGGGGCUGUCCGGAGGGCCAGGGAUGGGAAAUGAGCCUGAGCAGAGCCACUCCAACACAUCUACGCUGACUGAGAGGGAACCCAGCUCCUCCUCACUCUGCUCCAUCGAUGAAGAGCAGCUGACAGACAUGGAAGUGGUGAGGAGAGUGCUGACCAACUCCAGAACCAACGUCAACUUCAUCACAGAGAUCUUCAGACAGGCGUUUCUUCUUCCUAUGUGUGAGGCGGCAGCAAUGCGAAAAGUGGUUCGUGUUUACCAGGAGUGGAUCUCCAUGGAGGACAAGCCAGUGUUUAUGAAGGAGCCAGAAGAGGGUCCUUAUCCCAUAGCCACAGCCAACAGUCUGGACUCAGGCUCUCAGCUCAGGGACAAAGAGGACGAGGGAAUGAACAAAGUGAUCGACAGUGAAUUGCUGGAGUACAGUGUACAUGCUGGAGUUCAGACCACACUGCAGGUAUUUAUCACCCACUCCUCUAAUGUUUUUCUACUGGAGCCUGCCAACGACAUCAAGAUACUUUUAGAAGAGCACGUCGACAUGUGCAAGCGAGUCCUGAACAUCUAUCGCAGCCUUGUCAUGCACGAGACCAUGGACCACAAAACAUGGGAGCAGAUCUUACUGGUUCUGCUCAGGGUGACGGAGUCCGUGAUGAAAAGACCACCAUCGAUUAUGCCUCAGGGCAAGAAGAACAACACGUUGUCAGGGAGACUGGCUGGACCUAUCUUUCAGACACUGAUCGUAGCCUGGAUUAAGGGGAACCUAAAUGUCUACAUAAGCAGGGAACUGUGGGACGACCUCCUCUCUGUCCUUACCUCUCUGACCUGCUGGGAGGAACUGGUCACUGAGUGGUCUCUCACCAUGGAAACCCUGACCAAGGUUUUGGCCAGGAACCUGUACAGUGUUGAUCUCAAUGAGCUGCCUCUGGACAAACUCAGUGAACAAAAACAGAAGAAACAUAAAGGAAAAGGUAUCGGUUCAGAGGGCCAGAGGCAAGUUGUGGAUCAUUCCUUCUCAAAAGGUUGGAGCCGAGAUCAACCGGGCCAGGCUGCAGCAAUGAGACAGAGGAGCGCCACCACUGCUGGCUCACCGGGCAUCGAAAAGGCCAGAAGUAUUGUCCGCCAGAAGACUGUAGCCCUACGUAGCUGUUCUACAGGGGACUCUCUGCUCUCCUCAGCCUUUAUCCGCAGUGCUAAGAGUGCUCCUGCUCUGGCUCCGCCUCUUCCUGUCCUCCACCACCACCACCCUUUGCUACCCCCUCUUGCCGACCAGCUGGCAGACCUUGAGGACCCACCCAUCACGCUGACCCCCCGUACCGCUCGGAUGCGUCACUCCUCUCAGAGUGACGAGGCCCCUCCUACGUCCGGCUUGGACGUUUUCCAGGGCGUGGCUUGUGACUUGGACGCCCCGGCGCCUUCCUCGCUUGCGAGAAGCAGCAGUGCGUCGGACAUCAUGGAGCCUUUCAUCGCUGAGCGGGUCAAAGGUGAAGACCCUCAGAGGGAUCCCACUUUGAUCCCAAACCCCCACCACAACCACUCUGCCACUUCUAAUCUUGCAGCCAGCAGCCACACAACUCAGCCACUUCCACACCCUACCCACCCCCCUUCUCCCACCCCCUUUACCCACUCAAACGGUGUUGUUUCCUUGACCUCAGAGGGGCAAGAUGAUGGUAGUGUUCAUGAACAGUUCUGGCACCAGAUUGGCUCUCGAAGCCAAGGCUCUAGUUCUGAUUGGGUAAGCGACUGGGAUUCUGCUUUCACCCUUUCGACUGAAAAGGAGGCUGAUGCAGAAGAGGGUGAACUGGGAGCCGGGGCAGAGGAGGAUGAUCUAUUUUCCUCAAUUAGGGACUACUUCAUUCACAGAGGAGGUGAGAGGAAGGAAGAGGCUGGAGAAAGAGAUAGUCCUGGUCUUUCAUUAGAGAACAGGGUUUCUUUAUUUGCACCUGUCCAAACAGGGGUUGCUAGAGCACAAGUAGAAUCUGCAGGACAGGUAGGAGAGGCAAGGCAGAUGGUAAGAGAGGACAAGCAGGGAAGUAAAUCAGUGCGACACAGCAGUGUGGAUUCAACAGAGGAGAAUGAGGCAGAGCAGCGCAGCAUUUAUGAGUGCCUGGAGCUGCAGUGUCAGUGGCCGUCGUCCAACACUAAGGGAAGUGCUAGCUUAGAAAGAAGUGGUGGGGAGAAAAAGGGUGGAGGAAACACAGGAAGGGUGGCUGGAUUGGAAGCUAAAUGUGACAUGUGGGGGGAUUUAGAGGACAAGAAAGAGGAUGAUAAAGAAGCAGCAGGAAAUGAACGGCCUAGUUUUAUUAGACAAGAUACAAACACCUUAGAAUGUAGCCUGGAAUCAAACCAACAUCCCCAAUCUUCAGAUCCCCCUAAGCUCAAAGUGUCUCGUAGUAGUGCUAAGAGGCAUCAUUCUGGGGGAGUUCAUGUCAGCUUCCGGCCCUCAACUGAGUCUGUCCAGUUUCACAACCCCCUUGAGAGUAAAGAGGCUCACUGGAAAGCAAGGCUGCGCCGCCUCAGUCACUUUCACACUCAUAGCCACUCAGCUGGGGAACGGCCAGGAGCUGGGGCUGGAGCUGGGGCGGGGUCAGGGGGCAAGCUGGGAGCAGGGGGUGCAGGUAAGUUUGUCUCUGUGGCUGGAAUCAGCCAUAAAGCACAUGAGAAAUUAGCCUCUGGGACUGUUACUGAUAGCAGCAGGGCAGGGGGCGCAGCAGGUGCUGGAGGUCUGGAAAACAAAACAGGAAGUGGAGGAGAUGUAGACAAACAUCCUGGAUCAUGUGUGGGACCUAGUGUGGGCUCGCAGGGUCACUCAGAGGUGUUAUCAAGCGUUUCAGGUUCCUCAGGCGUGUCGACGGGUGUGCGUGGCCGUUUGGGCCGUUCAGCCUUGCGUUCUCGAGCCUCCCGCUCACGCUCCCAGGAGCCAGGCAGCACUUCAUCACGUCACCACCAGGGAGCCCUUCUUGGUGGCGUUUAUAAGACUGUGGUUCACGCUCUGUCUUCCAAACCCCGACCCCGAGGUCAGGGUUCAUCCCAAGGCUCAUCGCCACAGCGGCAGGGCCGGGCUGCAAUGGGUGAUGCAUCGCUAAGAGACCUCUACUCACAUGUCCUGGGCUACUUUGGGCGAAAGACGACCACGCCAGCCAACAAAGAGGAGGUGGUCCAGAAAGCCCGUCCAGUCUCCAGUGAUGUAGGAAGCACCAACCCAAAUUUCUCUGACCUCAUGGAUGAGUUCAUCCAGGAGAGACUGAGGACCAAAGGAACAGUAGGCCGUCGUGGCAGCAGCCCUGGGAGUCUGGAGGUUCCCAGGGACCUACCUGAACUCCUGGAGGCAGGUCAGAGUCCUGGAUCGCGACCAUCUGAUGAUCCGCGGCCCAUCGAUGACCCUGGGGUUCCCUCUGAGUGGACAUCACCUGCAAGUGCCAGCGGUUCCGAUAUCAUCAGCUCAGACAGCCAGUCCGACUCCUUUAAUGCCUUUCAGUACUCCACCUGCAAAUUUGAUAAUUUUACUUUCAGUUCAGAAGCCUGUGGAGGUGGAUCUGGAGAAGGCCGGGGAAGCUCAUUGGACCAGGACAGUCUGGGCGGAGGUGCUGCUUGUGAGGAACAUGAAGUAGCCAGUUUAACUACACUUCACCUCGACUCUGAGACCAGCAGCCUCAGCCACACCGUCACUGUUACAGGUUCUGAAAGUGCUUCCCCGAUGCAUUCUCUUGGAGGCUCUCGGUCCCAGACGCCGUCCCCUGCUACGCUGACCGCCGAGCACUCUGAUCACACACACUCCCACUCUCACACACACCUGCAGCUGGACCAGAAGCUCCACAACUCUGUCCUGCAGACACCUGAUGACCUGGAAACCAGUGAGUUCCCCAGCGAGGACUGCAGCGUGAUGGCGGGCGGUUCUCUGACCGGUUGGCACGCUGAUGUUGCGACUGUAAUGUGGCGUAGGAUGCUGGGAAUCCUGGGGGAUGUGAACAGCAUCAAAGACCCAGAGAUUCAUGCUCAGGUCUUUGACUACCUGUGUGAACUGUGGCAAAACUUGGCCAAGAUAAGAGAUAAUUUGGGUAUCUCUCUGGACAACCAGUCAUCUCCACCUCCUCCUGUCCUGAUCCCACCACUAAGAAUUCUCACACCCUGGCUCUUUAAGGCCACCAUGCUGACAGAGCGCUACAAGCAGGGGAAGCUUCACGCCUACAAGCUGAUCUGCAGAAUCAUGAAAAGGCGACAAGACGUUUCCCCUAAUACAGACUUUCUUACACACUUCUACAAUAUCAUGCAUCAAGGGCUGCUGCACCAAGACCAGGAUAUCGUGAACACCAUUAUCAAGCACUGCAGUCCCAGGUUCUUCAGUAUUGGUCUGCCUGGAGCCACCAUGCUGAUCCUGGACUUCAUCAUUGCAGCCUCGAGAGUCACUGCCUGCUCCUCACUCAACGCUCCAAGAGUAGAGGCUCAGAUCCUCCUUGGAUCUCUUGUGUGUUUUCCUAACUUGUAUGGAGAGCUUCCAGCCCUUCAUCCCACCACAGCGGACGUGGUGCUUACCAAGUUCCCUGAUGUCAAGGAGCACGUUAUCAAAACCAUUCUGACCUCUGCUAGAGACGAACCCUCUGCUCCUGCUAGAUGUGUGGCUUUAUGCAGUCUGGGUAUCUGGCUGUGUGAAGAGCUGUCUCACGGAACUCAACAUCCACAGAUCAAAGAUGCCCUCAACGUCAUCUGUGUCACCCUGAAGUACCCCAAUAAGAACGUAGCACUGGUGGCAUCAGACAUCCUUCACCUGCUCAUCAGUCAUGUGGAUCAUCUUCAGAAAUUCCCCCCUGACACUCCAAAGAAGAUUGUAGAGAUUCUGAUUGCAACCAUCACAUUCUUGCUGCCGACCACAGAGUCUUCUCCUCAUGAACUUGAUAAGAGGCUGGUCGUUUCCUUGCUCUUGUGUCUGUUGGACUGGGUGAUGGCUCUGCCCCCGAAGACUCUGCUUCAGCCUGUACAAACGCGGAGUCCUCCAGAGAAAGACCAGCCCACCAAGACACUGCUCAGCUGUAUUUAUAAGGUCUUGCAUGGUUGUGUGUAUGGAGCGCAGUCUUUCAACAAUGCCAAAUAUUACCCGCUGCAGCUGUCUGACCUGUCAAGUCCAGAUUAUGACCCAUUCCUGCCGUUAGAGAGCCUCAGAGAACCAGAGCCACUGCACAGCCCGGACUCGGAACGCUCCAGCAAACUUCAGCCGGUCACGGAAGUCCGCAGCCGAAUUCAGCAGGGCCUGGUUUCCAUUGCAGCCAGAACAGUUAUCACACACCUGGUCAACCAUCUUGGACAUUAUCCCAUGUCUGGAGGACCAGCUACUCUGUCUAGUCAGGUGUGUGAAAACCAGGACAACCCGUUCUGUGAGAGCGCCGAUCUUGGACCAGAACUUUUCCAUUCACCAAACCUGCAAUUCCUGGUUCUGAACGGGUCCACACUACUCUCUGUGCUUCAGAUCCGGUCAGAAUCUGGCGUACCAGGAGGUGGAAUGACCGCGGGUUUGUCCUCUGCUCCCGUUUGUGUUCGUGUGAUCAUUCGAGAUGUGGCCGGAAAACACUCGUGGGACUCUGCCGUCCUCUACGGGCCUCCGCCGUGUUCUCCAACCAGCCCAGCCCACACACUUUCAAUGCAAACACAGUCGCCUCACAGUGUGAAUCUUCAUUUACGCAACUCACCAGGAGGGCCACCGAAAAAGAUGGGACUAAAGAGAGAAGGCAGCGAAGAGGAGAGGAAAGAGGAGAGGGAGCUAGAGGAGGGGAUGGAAGGCGAGCGGCAAGAAUUUCAGGCAGAGGGUGAGGAGGAGGGAGAAGAGAGAAAAGUCUUUGAGGAGGAGAAGGGAGAAGGAGGAGGGGGGAAUGAGGAGCAGGAGGAAGAAGAGAAGGAGCAUAGAAUGGAUGGGGAGGAAGAGCCAGUGGACUCGAGCUUGGAACAGAUUCUAGCUCCGCCACUGGCUAAACGUGUGUGUCGAGAGGCGGUGCCAGCAUGGGAUUCACUGAGAGAAGGUGAUGAUGCACUGGAUGAAAUGCUGCAGUAUCUGGGACACUCGAGUCCUGAGUGUCUUCAGAGAGCAGGGACGCCGCUCAACAUCCCGGCCGCUCCUCCAGUUUGUGUUUCAGAGAAGCAGGAAAAUGAUGUGAUCAAUGCCAUCCUCAAGCAGAGUGCUGCGGAGAGAGAGUUUGUCCUUCAUAGAGGUGAGGAGUUGAACAUGAGGGCAGUGCAGCAGACUGAACCGGACACCCAGACUCCACAAUCUGCCUUUUACUACUGCAGACUCCUGAUCAACAUACUGGGUCUCAACUCCUGGGAGAAGAGGAGUAACUUUCACUUGUUGAGGAAAAAUGAGAAGUUACUCAGAGAGCUGAAGAACCUGGACUCAAGGCAAUGUCGUGAGACCCAUAAAAUAGCAGUGUUUUACGUAGCUGAAGGCCAAGAAGACAAACACUCCAUACUCACCAACACAGCCGGCAGCCAGGCGUACGAAGACUUUGUCUCUGGACUGGGGUGGGAGGUGGAUUUGACCACUCACUGUGGCUUCAUGGGAGGACUCCAGAGGAAUCGCAGCACAGGCCAGACCACACCUUACUAUGCCACCUCUACGACCGAGGUCAUCUACCACGUCUCCACGCGCAUGCCUCACGACCAGGACCACAACCUCACUAAGAAGCUGAGACACCUGGGCAAUGACGAGGUCCACAUCGUCUGGUCGGAACAUUCCAGAGACUACCGCAGAGGAAUCAUCCCCACUGAGUUUGGAGAUGUGCUAAUCAUCAUCUACCCCAUGAAGAACCACAUGUACUCCAUCCAUAUUCUCAAAAAGCCCGAGGUGCCCUUCUUUGGUCCGCUGUUUGACGGCGCCAUCGUGGACAUGAAGAUAUUGCCCACCAUGGUCCGAGCCACGGCUAUCAAUGCCAGUCGAGCUCUGAAAUCCCUCAUCCCUCUCUACCAGAAUUUCUAUGAAGAGCGAUCUCGGUAUCUAGAAACCAUCGUGCAGCACCACCAGGAGCCGACCACAUUUGAGGACUACGCCGCUCGAGUUUACAGUCCUGCUCCCUGCACUCACCUGCCGUCUGAUACAGGCUCCUGCCCCGAGAUUCUUCGGGGAGAAAGUCCGGCUCUUGGGGAGGUCGGGAGCGACUCAGCGUCCCCCAUAUCUCCUCGGACUAGCAAGAGCCGCAUGUCCAUGAAGCUGCGGCGCUCGUCUGGAUCGGCCAAUAAGACUUAGUCACAACUGACACUGUGCAUCACAUCCAGCCUGUGAGACCUGACCCUCAAAGAUGAAUUCCCGGUCCAUAAAAGCACUUAAAUUGCCACAGAUUAACAGUGACACGGAGUGAAAGGAUGAAAUGAUUCAUCACGGCAGUGAUCACGAGAAUUUCACUCUCACCUCCUUCAACUUGCACUCGUGAUCAGUUAUUGACCUUUUAUGUACAGAAGUCUUUGCCA